UGUGAUUGUACUUGUCUCUCCUGGCCCUCCGGAUCACCAUGGAGGGGACUGCUCUCUACCUUGUGGCUGCCCUUCUGGUUUGUUUCCCGACUUCUUCCCACAGCCAGCUCUACACCCUCAUCACACCUAACGUCCUGCGGGUAGAGACUGAAGAGCAAGUUGUAGUGGAGGCUCAUGGGCUCAACACUGCAACAGAGGUCACCGUCUCUGUCCAUGACUUCCCACAGAAGAAGAACAUCUUGUACAUGGUCAAAGCUCCCUUGAACCCAGAAAAUGGCAUGCUGGCCUCCCCUGCCAUAAGGGUUCCUGUAAAAGAUUUAAAGAAGGAUUCCAAGCAACGCCAGUACGUGAUUAUCCAGGCCACCUGUCCUCAAUUCACCCUGGAGAAGGUGGUUCUGGUCUCCUUCCAGAGUGGAUAUAUUUUCAUCCAAACAGAUAAAACCAUCUACACACCUGGAUCUCCAGUGCGCUAUCGUGUCUUUUCUGUGGGUCACAGCCUAGAGCUUUUGGAUAAAACAGUGAUUGUUGAGUUUCAGACACCAGAGGGCAUUGUUGUCAACCAGAAUCCCAUCAAGCCUACUUCAACAAACAUCCGGCCUUAUAACUUACCUCAGAUUGUCAGUUUGGGGACUUGGAAGGCUGUGGCCAAGUAUGAAGACUCUCCACAGGAGAUGUUCAGCACACAAUUUGAUGUCAAAGAAUAUGUGCUGCCAAGCUUUGAAGUCAUAGUGAACCCAUUAGAAGCAUUUUUAUACAUUGAUGAUGAGAAGGAUUUCAAAGUGUCUAUCACUGCAAGCUUCCUCUAUGGAAAGAAAGUAGAUGGUGUGGCCUUUGUCCUGUUUGGAGUGAAAAUAGAUGAUGAGAAAAAGAGUAUUCCAGAAUCACUCAGGAGAAUUCCGAUAAAUGAAGGCGAUGGUGAAGCAGUGCUAACAAAAGCCAUGCUGCGGUCCAAAUUCCGGAACCUCAAUGAGCUCGUGGGGCAUGCGCUCUAUGUCUCUGUAACAGCGAUGACCGAUUCAGGGAGUGAUAUGGUGGUGACUGAGCGAACCGGCAUUAACAUUGUGAAAUCUCCCUAUCAGAUCCACUUCACAAAAACCCCCAAGCACUUCAAGCCAGGGAUGCCUUACGAACUGAUGGUGUAUGUCACUAACCCUGAUGGCAGUCCAGCUGACCGUAUCCCUGUGAUAUCAGAGCCCAUUCAGGCUGAAUCGACUACCCAGAAUGACGGGACUGCCAAGCUGAUCCUGAACACACCAGCAAAUAGCCAAGAGCUAAGAAUCACUGUAAAAACCAACCAUGGGAGACUCCCAAAUGACCGCCAGGCAACCAAGAGCAUGGUGGCUACUGCCUACCAAACUCAGGGAAACUCAGGAAACUUUCUCCACUUAGCAGUCACAGCUUCUGAACUCAAGGCUGGAGACAACUUACCUGUCAAUUUCAACGUGAGAGGCAACAACCCACAAGUGCUGAAUCAGAUACAAUAUUUCACCUACAUAAUUUUGACUAAAGGGAAGAUUUUCAAGGUUGGGAGGCAGAUCAGGGCAGCUGGACAGAAUCUGUUGACCAUGUCUCUGCCCGUCACUCCGGCUCUCAUCCCUUCCUUCCGUAUUGUGGCUUAUUACCAACUGGGGAACAGUGAGAUCGUGGCUGACUCCGUCUGGGUGGACGUGAAGGAUACCUGUAUGGGAAAGCUGGUUGUGAAAGGCGCAACUGAACGAGACAAUCGAAUUCAUGAGCCAGGCACGCAAAUGAAAAUUAAAUUGGAAGGGGAUCCGAAUGCUCGAGUCGGUCUUGUGGCUGUGGACAAAGGAGUCUACGUCCUUAACAAGAAGCACAAGCUUACCCAAGCUAAGGUAUGGGACACAGUGGAAAAGAGUGACAUCGGCUGUACGGCUGGCAGUGGCGCGAACAAUAUGGGUGUGUUUGAAGAUGCUGGACUGGCCCUGGAGGCCAGCAAUAAGAUCUCCACGAAACAACGAUCAGAUCCAAAGUGCCCCCAGCCUGCAAGACGGAGACGUAGCUCCAUACAACUCAUUGAGACUAAGGCAAACAAAGUUGCUCUGUAUGAGGAUCGGGAGUUAAAAAAAUGCUGCGAAGAUGGCAUGCAUGAGAACCCCAUGGGGUACACCUGUGAAAAACGUGCACAAUACAUUGUGGAUCAGCCCGAGUGCCAAAGUGCCUUCCUUGAAUGUUGCCUCUACAUCAAAGGCAUCCGGGAUAACCUACAACGAGACGAAGUGCUGCAACUGGCAAGAAGCGAUUUUGAUGAUGAGUUCUUAUCGGAUGAACAGAUCAUAUCCAGGACUGAAUUUCCACACAGCUGGUUGUGGCAAACGGAACAGCUGACUGCAGCUCCAAAUGAGCAAGGGGUCUCAUCCAAGAUAGUGUCCUUUUACCUGAAGGAUUCGAUCACAACCUGGGAGGUGUUAGCUGUGAGCAUUUCAGACACAAAAGGGAUCUGCGUGGCUGAUCCUUAUGAGAUAACAGUAAUGAAGGACUUUUUCAUUGAUUUACGGCUGCCCUACUCGGUGGUGAGGAAUGAACAGGUGGAGAUUCGGGCUGUUCUCUACAACUAUGUAGAGCGGGAUAUCAGGGUGCGGGUGGAAUUCAUACACAACCCAGCCUUCUGCAGUGCUUCCACUGCCAAGCAACGAUACCAACAGGUGUUAAUUAUUAAAGCCCAGUCCUCCUUUGCUGUGCCAUUUGUGAUUGUUCCACUGGAGCUGGGAUUGCAUGACAUUGAGGUCAAAGCAGCUGUCUGGGGACAGUAUGUGUCUGAUGGCGUGAAGAAGCAGCUGAGGGUUGUGCCUGAAGGAAUACAGAGAAAGCUUGUGAAAGUUAUUGAACUGGAUCCGGUUACAAAAGGAGUCAAUGGAGUUCAGGAAGAGCAGGUCAUAGCUGAUAUGCUACAAAGUCUGGUUCCUGACACAGACGUUGACACCAAAGUCAGCGUCCAAGGGGACCCUGUGGCUCAGAUUGUUGAGGACUCAAUCGAUGGGAGCAAAUUGAAUCAUCUCAUCGUAACCCCUUCCGGCUGUGGGGAGCAGAACAUGAUCACCAUGACGCCAUCGGUUAUCGCCACCCUCUACCUUGACAACACAGGGCAGUGGGAGAAGAUUGGGGUGGAUCGCAGGCCUCUUGCAAUCAAGCAGAUCGAACAAGGCUACACCCAGCAGAUGGUGUACAAGAAAGCAGACAACUCCUAUGCUGCAUUUAAAGACCGCAAGGCUAGCACCUGGCUAACGGCAUAUGUCGUAAAGGUCUUUGCCAUGGCUUUCAAACUCGUGAAUACUGUUACCCAAGAAGUCCUGUGUGGAGGUGUGAAGUGGUUGAUUCUGGAGAGGCUAAAACCAGAUGGGAUUUUCCAUGAAGAGGCCCCUGUAAUCCAUGGAGAGAUGGUGGGAGGCUAUAAAGGUGCUGAACCAGAGGUGUCGUUAACAGCUUUCACCCUGAUUGCUUUGCUGGAGUCCAGAGAUAUCUGCAAGGAUCACGUCAAUAUUCUAGAUAGCAGCAUCACCAAAGCUGCUGCCUAUUUAUCCAGAAAGUAUGAGACAUUGGAAAGACCUUACACCACAGCCCUCACAGCCUACGCUUUGGCACUAGCUGGGCAGCUGAAUGAUGACAGGGUACUCAUGCAAGCAGCAACAGGUGGAAAUCGUUGGGAAGAAUACAAUGCUCGCACCUACAACAUCGAAGGCUCCUCCUACGCUCUGCUGGCCUUGCUGAAAAUGAAGAAAUUUGACAAUACUGGCGCCAUUGUCAAAUGGCUGACAGAGCAGAGGUAUUACGGGGGGACGUAUGGACAAACCCAGGCAACCAUAAUGGUGUUCCAAGCUCUUGCCCAGUAUGAAAUGGACAUCCCUACGCAUCAAGACCUGAACUUGGAUGUUUCUAUUAAAUUGCCAGGACGUCACGAUCCGGUCCGUUUCAGGAUUGACUAUAGCAGUGCCCUCAUAGCUCGGACAGCAGAGACCAAGAUCAACGAAGAUUUCAUUGUGGAAGCCUCAGGCCAAGGAAAAGCAACUAUGACUAUUGUGAGAGUAUAUAAUGAAAAGCCACGGAACGAUGUGUCUCUGUGCAAGAAUUUCCAUCUUGAAGUUACUGUUCAACCCAUCCAGCUGCCUGCAAAGCAGGCAAAGGGAUCCCAGGGAGCUGUCACUAUUAAAAUCUGCACCAGGUAUCUUGGUCAAGUUGAUGCCACAAUGACCAUUAUUGAUGUCUCCAUGCUCACUGGCUUUGCACCUGACACUGAAGACCUUAAGAGGCUUUCUGAAGGAGUUGACAGAUACAUCUCCAAGUUUGAAGUUGACAAUGUCAUGUCUGAAAGAGGGAACGUCAUCAUUUACUUGGACAAGCUCUCCCACAAGGAUGAUGAAUGUCUGCAAUUUAAAGCUCACCAAUUUUUUCAAGUUGGUCUCAUUCAACCAGCAUCAGUGAAGGUCUACAACUAUUACAAUCUAGAUGAACAGUGCAUGAAGUUCUACCAUCCAGACCAAGGAAGUGAUCUCCUCAGUAAGAUAUGCCAUGGUGAUGUUUGCCGAUGUGCAGAAGAAAGUUGCUCCUUGCUCAACAAGGUAGAGGAAGCCGUUGAUCUACAGAUACGAAUUGAAUUAGCCUGCAAGCCAACGGUGGAUUAUGUGUACAAAGCCAAGCUGCUUAGAAUAGAAGAAGAAGAGGGUGAUGACAACUAUAUCAUGGAAGUUUCGGAAAUUAUUAAAGAAGGGAGCGACUCAAAUCCACAAGCCAAGCCCCGCAAGUUUAUCAGUCAGUUGAAAUGCAGGCAAGCGCUGAAUCUGGAGCCGAACAAGGACUAUCUGAUCUGGGGCCCCAGUGCUGACAUGUGGCCCACAAAAACGGACACCAACUACAUCAUUAGCAAAGAUACUUGGAUUGAGAGAUGGCCGAAUGAUGAAGAAUGCCAGAUGGAAGAAUUCGAGAACCUGUGCAAUGACUUCCUCCAGUUCUCCAACUCACUGUCCAUUUUAGGCUGCCAGACCUAAUUGUAAAAGAGGCAUCUGAACAUGUGAUUCACAUUACGUGGGUUUUUGAGCCAUCCUCAGAAGUCUCUUUCCCUCCUGAAGUUCCAGCUUCCUUUAAUUUGUACUCUCCAAAUUGUUUAUAUAUAGAAAAUAAAGAAGUGAUUUCUUA